AUGCAGCCUCCUUCUUUCUCUGGUGCCGAAGGACCUUUAGCAACAGAGGAGUUUCUCAAGGUCACGGAGACUAUUCUCACGGUGACCCGCAUUCCCUAUGCUGAAUGGGUGGACUUUAUGGAUAUUCAGCUCACCGACACCGCUCGGAUUUGGUGGACUGCAGAGAAGUCAGCUCGGGAUGAACUCCUACGUAGAUUUGUUGAGCUCAAGCAAGGAGGUCGAUCCAUCGAUGAGUACGAGGCCGAGUUUUCUUCCUUGAGUCGAUAUGCUCCUCAUCUUGUUACAGACCCUACUAUCAGGAGGCAUCAGUUCCAGAAGGGUCUGGACAAGUAUAUUAGAUUGGCUUUAGCUGGUAGAGCACUUGCGAUCCAUGAUGCGGUGCUGGAUGCAGCACGGGAGAUUGAGAGCGUGCAUAAGGAGCCUGAAGACUCACACGUGAUUCAGAGCAGGACACCAGCAGCUCCGACCCGUAAUGUCGAGCGUCCCCUUCCGAGGCAGCAGCAGAACCCGUAG